CCAUCACAGUUAAUAAGUAAAGACAUUGAAAAGAGAGGUACGUUCGUGUUAUUUCUUGCUUUGCUGAUUUCCACCCUGUUGUUACUUUGCUCAGCACUCCUGUAUUUUAAAAUACUUCAAGACAACUUGGUAAUUGAAGAAUCAUUUUGUAAAACGCUUGUGGCAACAGGAGAAGCGGCCAAGUUCUUAUUACACUGGGUGUCAGUCGUCACUUGUCACAUCUUCGCAGUCAGUUCAUUGGCACUCGGUAGGUUCAUUCAUUCUUUUUUAUUACUGUCUUAAUAGUUGGGUUUAAAGCAUGCUGCUGCUGUGCUUAAGUGGUUUAACUCUAUAACGAAUGCAGGACGACUUCAUUUCAGACGUCGAAUAUAAAGCUGUUGCCUGUUUAUAAUUUAUGACUUGCGUUUUCAAGUCGUUUAAAAUAUUAUAUGGUUUUUUCACUCCCGGCUUUCACUUUGGUAAGCUGGGGCUAUAUCCCGUCAAUGGACAAUUUCAACCCGAGUGACACAGGUGUCAGUGUGGAUUAGAAGAACGUACCAUGUGGAUGAAAAAACAAAGCUAACCAGCCCUUUAUAGUAGUAGGCUCAAUUUACCUUGCAAAUAAAAUAAAAAUAUGCAUGUAUAUGAAGACUACGAGUAGUCCCACAUUUUUCCUCAGAGAUAGUAGAGCGAGCGAAACGCAAGCGAGCGUGAAAAUCACCCCACGCGAGAAGAAGCGACACUCCCUCUCCCCGCCGCGUGGGAGACUACUCGUAGUCUAAUGUAUAUGUGGUGGCUCUUUGUUGCGAAUCAUAAUAAAUUAAUAAAUAAAUAAAUAAAUAAAACAAACAAAUCAAAACAAGCAGAAAUAACAUUUAAUAAUAACUACAUCGAAUUAAAGAAUUUUCAUUUCUAUAUAUUCUAACGUUACACUGGCAUAUUGGUACAAUGUAAGACGAUUACCCAGCCCUGAAUCUAUGGUCUAACGACAGAUCCCUUUCUUUCUUUAAUUUUUAUGCAGGGACUUUUGUCGAGGAUGCCCUCAGAAUCAUCCGAGGGCUUCAAGACGGGACCCUUGAUGACGUCAUUAGAAUUCACGAAGACCUAUGCACAGUAGUUUUUAGCACUGUAUCAGCCUACAGUGUUUGGUUCGUAAUUCACUGGUUCACUUACGCUGCAGGCGUUCUCUUAUUUAUCGUUUGGAUAUCUACUGAUGUUGAACAACUCUUGCGGAACGGGAUUGGAAUUCCCACAGUUGUCUUGGUUUACGAUGGCUUUAUCCUUGUUUGUCUUGUUUAUUUGUUUUUACUUCCUUGUGUAUGUGCUGCUAGAAUUACAAGCUGUUGUGCUGGUAAGGUGUAGGUAAAUAGAAGAUAUAUAUAUUUUUUUCAUGCAACCCACCUACCCCUGGGCUAAGCCAAAAUUAGCACUUACUUCUCACUUAGGGCAAAAUGUUGGCUUAGGGGAGGGGUAGGUGGGCAGUUUCCGUAGUUUCUUAGCUUUUCUUGGUGUUGCGGACUGGUACAAUCAGCAAAUGACGUUAUACAAAAGAUUAAAAAGACAAUACCCACACAACAACACACUAGCCAACCAACAAUGGUUUCUGCAGCAGCAAAAUACACCCAAGAGAGUCAAGUAAAAGGCGUAAAGAAAGACAGGACGAACGCUACGUUUCAGUCUAAUGAUGUAAAUUCGCCGUUGCUAAUGUUUACUAAAUUUGCAGCGAUAAUAUAAUGCUAUAACGAAUAGCACUAUGAUAAAUUAGCAGUAGGAUAAAAGCAAUGAUAUUUGCUUUCGAAUAGGAAUUUUAUGCUUUCUUCUCCUGGCUUUCAUUUUGAGUAACGCUUUUUGAUGGUGUGACAUCAUCCGGGUGAAUGCCAAGGGGUCAGGGCAAUUCAUUUGCUUGUUAGCCCCUGUUAGUUAGUUGUGUUACGAGCGCAGUUAUCUAUCGAUAUCGAGGCUAUCAGCUAGCUCUUCUACUCCGAGUGCACUUUAAGGUGAUCAUUGAUCAGAGAUCCCGCGUUCGUCACUUACGGAAACGAAAUCGAGUCGAAAGGAGUCCGGUUUCCUGGCCCGCGAGGUGCCCCUGAUAAAAUUAAUAGGGGGCGGCUAAUUUGCAGUCUCCCGUGAUAGCUCGAAAAGUUCUGCCUUAGUGCCACAGGAACACCAGAUUAGGAUGCGUUCUGACCGUGAAAGUGAUAAAUUAGCAGUAGGAUAAAGUGAAUAGUGGUUAAGACGAUUAGCUUCAAAACUUGUCAUGAGGCGGCUGUACCAUGUUUUCAAUUCUAACGUUAGCUUUUACUUUUGCCUUGAAGGAAUCUACGAAAAAAUUAACAGCACCACAUCUUCUGACUGGAAUGAAGGCCAUCCUUUCAGGGAUCGCAGAAACAUCGCUUUAUUCAUUACGUACGCAAAAGACAGGCGAUACGGAUUCAGAGUCGGAAGAAUCACGUUUAAUACUUCUUUGGCGUGGAUCUCUUUCUUUUUUGGGCUCACGGCUUUGUUGUAUCACUUGUUUUAGCAUCAAGACAACGACAUUACUUGCU